CGGAGCUGGAGCUGGAGCUGGAGUGGAGUGGAGUGGUGCCCACGCAGACGCAGACGCAGACGCAGACGCAGCAGAGCCCGGAAGAGAAGGAGGGAGGAGUAAGAUGAGGAGCUCGGUGUCGGAGCGCAGCCUCAUCAUCGAGAGCGACGACGACGACGACCAUCCCCAAUCCCAACCGCCAUCCGCAGCCGCCGCCAGGAGAAGACGCCACCACGACCAGGGCUCCGGCUCCGACUCCGACUCCGGCUCGGGCUCCGACUCGUCCUCCCCCUGCGCCACCCCGCGCGCCGAGCCCACCGCCUCCUCCUACACCCAGCAAUGGCCGCAGAGCUACAGGCAAUCCAUCGACAUCCUUAGUAGCGUGCAGUCACCAAAUCUCAGCUUCUUAGGGACCCCAACUCUAAGCAGGCUCUCCAACUCCUUCACCAACUCUUUCCGUGGUAAAACCCCUGAAAUCAUCUCUAAUCUCGUCAAGCCACUCCUGCGCCCCACCACAAGUGAUGAGCAGCAACGUGAAGAAGCGCGAAAGAGCUCCCAGUACCUUCUGCCCUCGAGAAAACCCUCUUUGCAACAAAUCCCUGAGGAUCAGAAGCCACUGCUAGUUGCUGAUGAGGUGUCUCCUCAUCAGAAAUGCUCUUACACCCAGGCAGUGGUCAAUGGAAUAAAUGUUCUAUGUGGUGUGGGAAUCCUAUCAACACCUUAUGCCAUCAAACAAGGUGGUUGGCUUGGACUGGCCAUACUCUGUUUAUUUGCUAUUCUUGCAUGGUAUACUGGUGUGCUCCUGCGCCGUUGCCUAGACAGCAAGGAGGGCCUUGAGACAUACCCAGAUAUUGGCCAUGCCGCCUUUGGCACCACCGGUCGUAUAGCCAUCUCGAUAAUCCUGUAUGUGGAACUGUAUGCCUGUUGCAUCGAGUAUCUGAUACUGGAGAGCGACAAUUUAUCAAAAUUAUUCCCCAAUGCACACCUAACCAUUGGGAGCUUGACAUUGAACUCCCAUGUAUUUUUCGCAAUCUUGACUACCAUCAUUGUCAUGCCCACCACUUGGCUCCGUGACCUUAGCUGCCUGAGCUACCUUUCAGCUGGAGGUGUCAUUGCAUCUAUCCUUGGAGUCAUCUGCCUGUUCUGGGCAGGUGCCGUUGACAAUGUUGGCUUUGAGAACGAAGGAACUGUGCUGAACCUCCCUGGAAUCCCUAUUGCGAUUGGAUUGUAUGGUUAUUGCUACUCAGGGCAUGGGGUGUUUCCGAACAUCUAUUCUUCUCUGAAGAAUCGCAACCAGUUCCCUUCAAUUCUCUUUACUUGUAUUGCGCUGUCUACCAUUUUGUAUGCUGGUGCCGCGGUGAUGGGAUACAAAAUGUUUGGUGAAGCCACAAAGUCUCAGUUCACACUCAACUUACCAGAGAAUUUAGUAGUUUCAAAGGUUGCAGUUUGGACCACGGUGGCAAAUCCAAUAACCAAAUAUGCAUUAACCAUAAUCCCACUGUCUAUGAGUUUGGAGGAGUUGCUGCCGCCAAAUCAACAGAAGUACUCAAACAUAAUGAUGCUUAGAUCAGCCCUUGUGGUGUCAACCCUCCUCAUUGCUCUAUCUGUACCCUUCUUUGGACUUGUGAUGGCCUUGGUUGGUUCUUUGCUCACGAUGCUUGUGACCUAUAUUCUACCUUGCGCGUGCUUUCUGGCAAUCCUUAAGACAAAGGUGACUUGGCACCAGGUCGCAGCUUGCUCAUUCAUCAUGGCGGUCGGGGUUUGCUGCGCGUGUGUGGGGACAUACUCGUCCCUGUCCAGGAUAAUCCAGAGUUACACCUGAUCAGUGUACAUGUUGCAGUUAUUCCAGUCACCCACCGUAUACACGAAAAGCAUAUACAAGACAAAUUUUUACCCAGUAAUUUAGCGAGUCUGAUGCAUAAUAAAUUUACGACAUGUAUGUGAAAUGCUUGCAUGUUAGUGUACCAAGAAAUAUGUAGCAAGGCUUUUAGUAGGUUGUAUCAUGCAUAAAUAACAAACUAGAAAUAUGAUUUGUAUUCUGUUGAUCUGUUUUCGGUGGAAUAUGAUUUGUAUUCGGUUGAUUUGUAUCA